CAUUUUCGUAUAUAUCCCGAAAGGAAAAAUAGGAAGGAUAGCAAAUAUUUCGGUAAUCCCCAAAAACCCUAGCACAGCUCCCUCCUAUAUAGCGGUGGCAUCGCCCCCAAUUCUCAGAUCGUCUACCAACAGAAGGAACUGAACCAAGUUCAGCCUCACGACAAUGGAGCUUUGUACAGCUACUACCCAAGCCAUCUCCAACCUUCCAAACCACCACAAGCUUCUGAUCACAAACCCUACCACCAACAUCACAUCCAAACCCUCACUCCCUCUCAGACAAACCUCACUCUCACGCAACUCUAUCAGGCUUCACUCUCGAUUGCUUUUGCGAAGAGCAACAACAUCAGAGGAAACACCAAGUGGGGGAAAUCCUUAUGCCGGUGAAGAGCGAGAUAGUGUAAUAUCAUUGGAAGAUGUUCCACCACCUGAAAAUAAUUUUUACAAUCGAACUUGGACAGAAGAAGCACCCAAAGAAGACUCAACUGUGGACGGCGUGGAUGGCCAAACGCAGAUAUCUGAGUUUUUCAAUAACCUUGACAUAAAGUUGGACAGUGAUGAUACGUAUUCCGUUCUAAUUUAUGGUGGUGGUGCCUUGUUUGCCCUGUGGCUAGCAUCAGCUGUUGUUGGAGCUAUUGAUUCUAUUCCAUUGUUCCCCAAGUUGCUGGAAGUUGUGGGUCUUGGAUACACAAUCUGGUUCAGCACUCGGUAUCUGAUAUUCAAGGAAAACAGGGAGGAGUUGUUUGCUAAAAUUCAGGUUCUUAAGCAGCAGGUUCUUGGGUCAGAUGAUGACUGAUAUGCUGUCAGGUUGUUGCUGCACAAACUUAUGAAUGUAGAGUUUAAUUUCGUUUCCAGUACAGGCAAAAUAUAUAUUAGUUAUUGGUUUUAGAAGGUUUAGAUCUUGAUCAUGUGGUUUUUGUUUGUUCUAUCUUGCUUCACCAUCUUAAUAAAUACACAUGAAAAGGAAAAAGUCUGAAUGUUAAUAGAAAUUUAAAUUGUUUCCUUUAUACUGAAUAA